AUGGCGAUGAGUCGCAUAAGAGGCGCCUUCGCGGUGCCUAGGAAAGGAGAGACGUUUGAAUUGCGAGCUGGCCUUGUAUCCCAGUAUGCCUACGAACGAAAGGAGUCUAUCCAGAAGACCAUCAUGGCCAUGACCCUGGGCAAAGAUGUCUCUGCCCUUUUCCCCGAUGUCCUCAAGAAUAUUGCGACCAGUGACCUGGAACAGAAGAAGCUUGUAUAUCUUUAUCUAAUGAAUUACGCCAAAUCCCACCCGGACCUGUGUAUCCUCGCCGUGAAUACCUUCGUUCAAGAUUCCGAAGAUCCUAACCCCCUCAUUCGUGCUCUUGCGAUCCGAACGAUGGGGUGCAUUCGAGUAGACAAAAUGGUCGACUACAUGGAGGAGCCACUACGAAAGACUCUUCGGGAUGAGUCGCCGUAUGUCCGCAAGACUGCCGCGAUCUGUGUGGCCAAGCUUUUCGACCUCAACCCAGCCAUGUGCUUGGAAAAUGGGUUCCUAGAGAUGCUGCAAGAAAUGAUUGGUGACCCCAACCCCAUGGUAGUCGCGAACUCCGUGACGGCGUUAUCGGAGAUCUACCAUGCCGCUCCUGAGACGCAGGCGUUCAAGGUGACAUCGAACACUCUGCGCAAGCUUUUAAUGGCGCUAAACGAGUGUACUGAAUGGGGUCGCGUCACGAUCCUCACUACACUGGCGGAGUAUAGGACUGGCGAGGUGACGGAGUCGGAGCAUAUCUGUGAACGAGUUGCACCCCAGUUCCAGCAUGCCAAUCCCAGUGUGGUGUUGGCUGCCGUCAAAGUCGUUUUCUUGCACAUGAAGAACAUCAACCCUGAGCUGUCCAAAAAUUACUUGAAGAAAAUGGCACCUCCUCUAGUGACCCUGGUGUCGUCGGCUCCCGAGGUGCAAUAUGUCGCCCUCAGAAACAUCGACCUGCUUCUGCAAAAGCAACCGGACAUUCUGAACAAGGAGCUUCGUGUGUUCUUUUGCAAGUACAACGAUCCCCCCUAUGUCAAGUUCCAGAAACUCGAAAUCAUGGUUCGGAUAGCCAACGAUAAAAAUGUGGAUCAACUUCUUGCCGAGUUGAGGGAAUACGCCUUGGAAGUGGAUAUGGACUUUGUGCGACGCGCCGUCAAGGCCAUUGGCCAAGUUGCCAUCAAGAUUGAGAGCGCCAGCGAGAAGUGUGUCAACACUCUGCUGGAUCUGAUCAACACGAAGGUCAACUAUGUUGUACAGGAGGCGAUUGUGGUGAUCAAGGAUAUCUUCCGGAAAUAUCCAGGCUAUGAGGGCAUCAUUCCCACUCUCUGUCAAUGCAUUGAUGAAUUGGACGAGCCUAACGCUAGGGCGGCUCUCAUCUGGAUCGUCGGCGAGUAUGCGGAGAAGAUUAGCAACGCCGGUGACAUUCUGGCCGGGUUUGUGGAAGGGUUCAACGAGGAGUUCUCGCAGACCCAACUGCAGAUCCUCACUGCGGUUGUCAAGCUCUUCCUCAAAAAGCCCGAGAAGGCGCAGGGUCUUGUCCAGAAGGUCCUGCAGGCGGCAACGGCGGAGAACGAUAACCCCGACGUUCGAGACCGUGCUUACGUGUACUGGCGUUUGUUGUCCAACACGAGCGAUCCCAAUGCCACCAGGAACAUUGUCUUGUCCGAAAAGCCGCCAAUCGUGACUACCAUUCACUCUCUACCGCCCACACUCCUCGAACAACUCCUCAACGAGCUCUCCACCCUUUCCUCUGUCUACCACAAGCCGCCAGAGCAGUUUGUUGGCCAGGGCAGAUUCGGUGCCGACGCCGUUCAAAAAGCGGCUAUCCAGGAACAAAUCGAGAACGCACGUGAGAAUCCCUUGGCGGCGGCGGCGGCGGCGGCGGCUACUGGCGAGCCAUCGUCUCAGCAGCCCCAGAACAACGUCGAGAAUCUCCUGGAUAUUGACUUUGAUGGCGGAGCACCCGCAUCUGCUCAGAAUGAACCCAGCAGUGGUAUGUCUGGGCUAGAAGGUCUUGCCGGCACCCCCGUCCGAGUGGAGUCUCCUGCAGUCGGUGCUCCGGCCCCCAGCAACAACCUUGAUGAUCUCCUGGGUGUGUUUGGUGACGGGGCACCUAGCUCGAGCAGCCCUGCUGCUUCCAACGGCGCAAGUGCAAGUGCAGACCUGAUGAAUGGAUUUGCCGGGUUGGAUCUUUCUUCCAACAGCAACCCUACGUCACCGCCACCUGGGGGUAGUCAGCCCAAGAAGACCAACGAAGACAUCAUGUCAUUGUUCUAG